AUGGAGGCCCUCGGCGUGGGCUUGGGGUUGCGGGUCCAAACCCGGGCGAGGCCGCGUCCUCGUCGUGUCGUCGUUCGUGUCACGGCGAGCGGCAACGCGGGGGGCGGAUCUAAGAGGAAGGGUAAGAAGCAGGGGGGCGCGUUCUCCACCGUCGAGGCGGCGGUGUCAUUCCUCGCGCAGCUGCUGAGCGCGGGCGACAUGUUCGGGACGACGGGGUCGUCGUUCAAGGACGACGCGCGUUUCGACCGGACGGACGACGGCGCGGACAAGAAGGUGGAGCUGCGCGGGUGGAAGUGGAUCAAAAUAUCGGGCAAGGCGAGGACGUCGACGCGCGUCGCGACGGUGGGCGAAGCGCCGCUGGACGUUUAUCUGCAGCUCCCGCCCGAGGAGUACUCGCUCCUGGAUCCGCAGUUCGUGAAGAGGGAGAGCCCGAGCACGUUCCGGUUCACCGUGCCCAUGCGUGAGGUCAUCAAGAAGGACAAGUCGUACGGGGGACCGGGGGAGAUCCUCAAGGAGCUCACGCCCACGAUCCUGUUCACCACCGAGGUUGACACGGCGAGGCAAAGAGUUCAACUCAAGGGAGACGGCGCCGCCCUCGGACAGGCGGACCUCGACACGAGGUUCGACCUCGAGUUGAAAAACGUGCUGACGUGGGAGGCGAUGUACGAGAGCGCGCCAGAAGCGGACGAUGACGCGGGACGGAUAGGUGUCGUGGUGAUGGAUGACGACGAGGAUGAGGAUGAGGAUGAGGAUGAGUCCAGGCGGAGCUCGUCUGGACUGAAGGGAAAGGAGAUCAUAGUGGCUGAGUACACGGACUUGGACGCGAAGGACCGCGGCGCCGCGGACAUGCGACGACGUGCGCCCUGUCCGCCGGGUUGGGAGCUUCGAUGCGACACGAGGCUGAGCAUGAGAGUGCAGGUGCCCAGACCUCUGUCGGUGGCUCCCUCAUUUCUCCUCGGGGGCGCCUUCUCCAUCAUCGCGUCGGCGGUGAUGGCCGCCAUUCUGCCCAAGUUUGCGGAGUUCGUAGCCGCUGACUACGCCAGGUGGGCCAGGGGCGAGGACAGGAGCGCGCCCGUGGGCAGCUUCGGGGAGGAGAAGAAGGGUGAGGAGGAUGACGCCGGCGACGGCGUUGUCCAGUUUUGA